UCAUGUUAUUGUGACAAUUGAGGAACCGCUCUCUCUCAUGUGCAUAUGUUUCUUCUUCUACAUCUAGCUCACAUUAUAAACGACCUACCGAGCUGUUCAGGUUUCCCAAGAGACAGAAACAGAGUUUAUUGAGAAAAUACGGGCUUUUUGUUUGUUUCCGGUUUGCUGUUGUGGCUGCUGGGAAGUUUAGAGAUGUGCACCCAGACGAAAGCUGCUGCUCUGAUGGCCAACAUACCGCAGGCAGACAUCGACCCGUCCGGCGUGUUUAAGUACGUCCUGAUACGAGUCCACAGCAGAGAGGAGGGAGACGACUCGGAGGUAGAUAUAGUCCGAGGAUACGGCUGGGCUGAGUACCACGCUGAUAUCUAUGACAAAGUUUCAGAGGAGCUGGAAAAAGAUGGCCACCUGGACUGUGAGUGUAUCGGAGGAGGGAGGAUCAAACAUGAUGCCCAGGCCAAGAAGAUCCACGUCUACGGAUACUCCAUGGGCUUUGGAAGAGCAAACCACGCAGUAACAACUGAGAAACUAAAGGCUCGGUAUCCAGGCUACGACGUGACCUGGGACAAUGAAGGGUACUGACCUGAGACCAGCCUCUGGUCGGCACCCUUUCUCCUGGACUGACAUAGUACUUAUCUGUAACCCCUCAUGAGAAGGAAGAACAUAUCAUUAAAAACCAUGCAGAGUUCAACACAGAGCUUUUUGAAAUCACACCAGUUCUCUUAGACUAAGACUGACACACAGCGACAAGCCUGAUGAGCCUUUUCUGGGCUUAUUCUGAAGCUACAAUUUGAGUAAGUGAUGGUAAAAAAAAAAAGUUGUUUUUCACGUUUUUACUCUGUGUGUGUAUAAAACAAAUACAUGCUAAUCAUAGUGAAACCAGACAAAUAGGUUUAAUUAUAAAAUAAAUGAGUGGAGACAUACACUUCCAGACUGACUUGUUUUAGAGUCGUAUGUCUCAGAGUCGACCCGAUCACCACAACAUACUGAGAAGUGAACCUUUGAUGCUUUGUUGUGAUGUGUGUUUCAUAAAUGUUUCCUGAGAUCUGCCUAUAA